UUUGUGUUGAUUUUUUGUGUGGUAAUUUAGGAGGAGACACUGGAAGUCGUUCCCCCCCUUUUUUUCUUUUUCGCGGAGGGAAUCACCUGACGAGUUGCCUCCAUGGCGGCGUGAGAAACAUCAUGGGCGAUGCCUGCUGCUGGGGAGGGGGGAAGGAGAAGCAGUGGGUGCAGUAGAAGCAGAGGUUGCAGAGGAAAAAGUUGGUGAGGGGGGAAGAAUGUCUGCAGGAAUAUCCGCCAUUUCCACACACACACACACCCACUGUGGUAGAGACUUUCCAAAACCAGGGCACACAAGGCACUCUCUCAGUGUGUGUGUGAGUGUGUGUGUGUGAGAGAGGGAGAUAGAUAGAUAGAUAGAGACAGAGUGAGAGAGGUGGGGUGAGAGAGUGUAAAGGAGCAGAGAAAAAGAAAUUCAUCCUGCUUCAAUCCACUCAUACACACACUCACCCUGACUCUCCCCAUCUGUGUCCUAUGAUUCCAGAAGAAAACAAGAUGUCUGCUGACCAUUAAUUUAAAAUUCCCCUUCCUCACAAUUUUUGUCUUCUUUCACUCCUUUGUGGAAAGAAAAGCAUGAAAGUUAAUAUUAUGGAUGGAAGAUAAUUGACCAGAAGUGAUAACGAGCCAACCUUGUCCACAAAUUGAGAGUAAAGGGUAUUAUUCGGACCAUCUAUUUUUCACUGUUUGAAAGGAUCAUAAUACUGGGGACCACGGAAAUAUGGGAUCUGAAUCUCAUGUUGCUAAAGGUGUGUGUCUGUAACUCUGCGCUCUUCAGAUUGCCAGGAUAUCUACAGUGGUACUGUACUGCGAGUAGGUACAACUACUAACAUAUCAGGAUGAUUGGAUGAUUAUGAUGGCCAAAAAACAGGAUGUUCGGAUCCCAAAUUACAACAUCAGUGUCGUGGGAUUAUCCGGGACAGAAAAGGAGAAGGGCCAGUGUGGAGUCGGGAAAUCCUGUUUCUGCAAUAGGUUUGUGCGCCCCAAAGCUGACGAAUUUCACCUUGACCACACAUCUGUCCUUAGCACCAGUGACUUUGGGGGCCGUGUUGUUAACAAUGACCACUUCUUGUAUUGGGGUGAGGUUGGUCGAACGGUCGAGGAAGGAUUGGAGUGUCGAAUUCACGUGGUGGAACAAACCGAGUUCAUCGAUGAUCAGACUUUUCAGCCUCACCGGAGCACUGCCCUGCAACCCUAUAUUAAACGUGCUGCAGCGACCAAAUUGGCAUCUGCUGAAAAGCUGAUGUAUAUUUGCACUGACCAAUUGGGUCUGGAACAAGACUUUGAACAGAAGCAGAUGCCAGAGGGAAAGCUAUUGAUCGAUGGUUUCCUUCUUUGCAUAGAUGUCAGCCGGGGCAUGAAUAGAAAUUUUGAGGAUCAGCUUAAAUUUAUCACAAACUUGUAUAACCAAAUAAUAAAAACAAAAAAACCCAUUGUGGUGGUGCUGACAAAAUGCGAUGAAGGGGUGGAGCGGUACAUACGCGAAGCUCACUCUUUUGCAAUGACUAAAAAGAAUCUCCAAGUGGUGGAGACAUCAGCCCGAUCGAACGUCAAUGUGGAACUGGCCUUCACUACUUUAGUUCAGUUUAUAGAUAAAAGCCGUUCGAGGCCCAAAAUAAUUCCAUAUUAUGAAGCAUUGAAACAACAAAGUCAGCUCAUAGCUAAUGCAAAAGACAAGUAUGAAUAUAUCAUCAGCCAGUGUGUCAUCCACUAUAAUGAAAGUUGGGCGAACGCCGCAAGGAAAAUGAAUACAAAAUCUGAAUUCCAGGAGUAUGUGCAUCUCGAAGGAACUCCGAAGGCCAGAAAGUUGUUCUUGCAGCAUGUUUUGAUGCUCAAGGAGAGGCACAUUGACUACUUAAAGAACAAGUACCUCAAUAGACUUGUACUAGCUCUUGACGCCCUAUUCCCCGAUCUGAAUGAGAUUGAGAACUUGAGCUGGUCUGUGGCACAGCAGAGGUUGAAAACCAAGCAUGAAUUUCCAGCUUGGUUUGUUGCCCUGAGUGAGACGCCAUGGGAUAAAACUGAUCAUAUUGACAAGAUCGAUGACAACCGAAUUCCAUUUGACUUGCUGGCUGGGAAAUGUGCAGAAGAUCAAUUCAAAAAGCAUUUAGAAAAGCUGAAGAAUGAAAGAAAAAAAGACGAGAUGAGGAGGGCUUUUAAGGAAAAUCUAUCAUCGUCACCCUUCAUAACUCCUGGAAAACCUUGGGAAGAGGCUAGAAGUUUUGUUAUGAAUGAGGAAUUCUAUCAAUGGCUCCAAGAGCAAGAAUAUCAAGAUAUUUACAGUAGGCACCAACGUGAGAUAAUAGAUAAAGCCAAGGAUCAAUUUCAAGAAUUGCUUUUAGAGUAUUCCGAGUUGUUUUAUGAAUUGGAGUUGGAUGCAAAGCCAAGUAAGGAGAAAAUGGGUCUUAUCCAGGAUGUUCUAGGAGAAGAGCAACGAUUUAAGGCACUUCAGAAAUUGCAAGCUGAACGAGAUGCUCUUGUGUUAAAACACAUUCAUUUUGUCUAUCAUCCAACAAAGGAGACCUGUCCAAACAGUCAGAAUUGCAUUGAUAGCAAAGUUGAACAGUUGUUGGUUGCUAGAUUUUAUCGAUCUUCAGACCGAAGUCAUCUGAACUCUCAUUUGGACUCUAAUGCUGACAAACUCAAUCUUGUACUACUUGGCAAGGAUGGGCUUGCACAUGAACUGGCUAAUGAAAUUAGAGUGCUGUGUACCGAUGAUAAAUACGUUCUUGAGGGGAAAAUGUAUGAGCUGUCACUACGACCAAUAGAAGGCAAUGUGAAACAUCGGGUUAAUUCUUUCCAGACCCCAACCUUUCAACCUCAUGGUUGCCUUUGCUUGUACAACUCCAAAGAAUCGCUGUACUACAUAAAGGAGAGCUUAGAGAAACUGAAAGAAUCAACUUUAGAUCGAAGGGACAAUCAUUUAGCCCAGCUGCCUCUAACUCUAGUUCUGGCUUACAAAAGGGAGAGUGGCGGAGAAACUCUACAGACGUUGAGAAACCAUGGCCAACAACUUGCCAACAAAUUGCAAUGUCUGUUUGUUGAUGUCACUUCUCACAGUGUGAGUUCUGGACGGAAUUUCAGUGAACUGCAAAUCAAUCAGGCUUUGAAAGGCUUGUUGGAUACCAUGAAACGCAAUUUGAAUCUAGUAAGUUUAUCCCCAAGCAUUAAAGACUUAACCGAUGCAGAUCUUCGAAUAGUAAUGUGUUUAAUGUGUGGUGACAUGUUUGGUGUGGAUGAAGUUCUCCUCUCCAUUAUUCAGCCUCAUUUUUGUGGUUCAUUGCAGCCUGGGAACAGCAAUUCAGUCAUGCUUGAACUGGCAAUUGGAGCAAUGCGUAAACGCAUAGAGCUCUCUAUUCUCUCCUAUCAUUCCUCUUUCAACAUAAGGAAAAACCAGUUAGUCCAUGGGUACAUUAUUUUUUACUUGGCAAGGCGCAAAGCUUCCCUAGCUAUGCUCCGAGCUUUUCUGUCGGAUGUGCAGGACAUUAUCCCUAUUCAGUUGGUAGCGGUCAACGAUGGAGCCGAAGUAACGGAGAGCGAUGUGACACGAGACCAGCUUGAAGAAGGCCAGGAAAUUGCUCAAGAGAUCUGUGGCAAGUUUGUUAAAAUAGCUGGUGGGCAGUCAGUUCAGCAUAACGUGGACAUUUUUGCCCCGUUUUUCCGAGAUGCAGCUGAAAAGAAAAUCAUUGUUGAAGCUUCGCACAUGUAUGAUAAUGCAGCGGAAGCAUGCAGCAAUACAGAAGAUGUGUUUGGCUUUUCGCCCAGGCCCAGCUCGCCCCUCAACAAUUCAAAUUGCUUUGAUUACGACGAGGAUAUUGAAGGUCCACCACCUUAUGUUGCACUACGUGAUGAAACUUCCGCCAUUCCAGUGAUUAAAGACUCUAAGCUCUCAAUGGACCUUGAAGGGAACGAGAACUACUUGCUAAGCUGCAAUCUUGGUUCUUUUGAGAGGCUGACUAACAAAGUACCUCCUCCAAUAAAACCAAAGCCAAUGGUACAUUUCGACAAACUGAUGAAGAAAAUGGAUUCCUCUGAGGGGAAAGAACCAGGUAGCAAAGAAAUGCAGAGAAAGCCUUCAACUGUAAGCUGGGCACCUUCUGAUGAUGGGUCCUUUACCUCCGAUUAUGCAGAGCCAAUAGACACGUUGGUACGACCAAGAGGGGAUGAGGAGAAUAUCUACUCUGUGCCGCACGACAGUACCCAGGGCAAGAUUAUAACCAUCCGGAAUUCUAUUUCUGCCAAGUCACAAUCGAAUGGAAGUGGCAAUGGGUCUGAUAGUGAGAUGGAUAUCAGUUCCCUGGAGCGUCAGAGGAAACUUUCAUCUGUCAGCAAACCAUCAUUGUACAGGGAUCGGUCUAAAAGGUUAGGCAGGUUUGCAAGUUAUCGCACAAGUUUCAGUGUUGGAAGUGAUGAUGAACUAGGCUCCUUGUCAUCUCAGAAGAAAGCAGAAGCUGAUUCUCAAUUGCCCAAGGGAGAUAAUACAACUAAUACUUUUGAAACAGAUGGAGAUGAAUCAAAGCGAGGGAAACUCCUACGUAGCUUGAGAAGGCCAACAUCAAGGAAGCCCAAGACCAAACAGCGACCUUCCAUUUCGAAGAGUACUUGGGAAAGUAAUUAUUUUGGAAUACCUCUGACUUCUGUGGUGACUGUGGAGAGGCCUAUUCCCAUCUUCAUUGAAAAAUGCAUAGACUUCAUUGAUUCCACAGGUCUUGGAACCGAGGGACUCUACCGCGUUAGUGGGAACAAGUCAGAGAUGGAAAGUCUCCAGAGGCAGUUUGAUCAAGAUCACAGCCUUGUUCUGCAGGAAAAGGAUUAUGCAGUGAAUACAAUAGCUGGAGCAAUGAAAAGCUUCUUCUCAGAGCUUCCCGAGCCACUGGUUCCAUAUAACGCCCAGAUUGAGCUGGUGGAUGUCAGCAAAACACCUGAUAAAGAGCUGAGGCUGAAUGCACUUAAGGAGGUGUUGAAGAAGUUUCCAAAAGAGAAUUAUGAGCUCUUCAAAUAUGUCAUUACCCACUUAAACAAAGUCAGUCAGAACUGCAAGUUGAAUCUGAUGAACAGUGAAAACCUCUCCAUCUGCUUCUGGCCCACGCUCAUGAGACCAGACUUCCAGACCAUGGAUGCGCUGACAGCCACCAGGACGUACCAGACCAUCAUCGAGGUCUUCAUUCAUCAGUGCCCUUUCUUCUUUUACGACAGGCAGCUGGUGGAACUGAUCAGCGCCAUCCCCAGUUCCCCCAUCUCGAACACUGCGUUCCAGUGCCCUUCGCCGGUAGCCAUGAUCCCAUCGCCACCACAAUCACCACCGCCGACACCUUAGAGGCCACUCCUGCAACAUCUGUGAGCACAGCUGCAAACGGAACAGCCAAGUAAACUGUGAAUUUGGUCACAAAACGAUACCAGAUACAGUAGCUGGGUUCUUUUCAAGACUUGCCUUGGGUUGAAGAACCCCUUUCUGUUGUGCAAAGCAGUGUAAUCAAAGUUACAAGUGAUGUGGCACUAAGGAAAUUUGGUUAAGUACCCAAGCACUGGAGUUUAUAAAAUCCCAUAGACUGCAAAACAAGCAGCCCGUGACUUUUGUGGGCUCUGUUUU